GUCAAGAUUAUACGCGUGACGAAAAUCAUACACCGCUAAUCAACAAUGCCUGCGGGCUCACUUGGUAACAGCAGAAACAAACAUGGCGUCGAACAGACAACCAGUUGCUAAAGGUGGUUUGUGGUCAUCACAGUCAGCUCCAGUAAGCAAGGAGACUCAAAAUCUGCUAAAAGUUAUGAUGGAAGAAUCGAAGUUGACGAACUUUCAACGGAGACAGUUACAAGACAGCAUGAAAAAGGGUCAAUCUCUGCCUGUUGCCUGUAAUCCAACAACAAGUAGAAAUGAGAGAGUACAGCCCACAAGCUCACCCAAGAAACCAUUACCCAAAGUGAUGAAUGCAAGACACCUUUCAGGAGGAAAGAAGACAAAGGAGACAAUUGAUAUACAAAAGAAUGUGGAACCACAGGAUAUUUAUCGACCAGCUCCAGGAAAAUUGAUUUCAGAGAAAGAUAAAAGAAGACUUCAGAAUGUGAUGGCAUAUGGUGAGCAUGGGAAGGACAUAGAAGAUGUUCCAACACAGAGAAGACGACCAGCCAAAGAAAUGAAACCAGAAAAAGAAGUUGAUAGAUUUGAUGAGAUUCUUCAGGAAAUAGAGGAGCGCAGAAGUUUUCUAGAUGAGAUGGAGACUCUUGGAGAAGGAAAAAAAUACAGAACCAUAAUAAUGACAGAGAUAUCACAGAAAAUAAGGGAGCUUGAAUUAAUAGAUAAAGAAAGAAGCAAAGAGCUUGAUCUCGCCGAGUAGCAAGAGCAUCAGCGGCAUCAGCUGAGAUAGUGAAGAGUGGCAACAUGUUUGUAUUUUAAAAUAAAUUAUUUCUCAUGACUUAUGUGCCAGAGAAAAUUCAGCUUUGACUUCUAGAACAUACAGUAAACAAGUCUGAUAUCUGGUUGUGGAUUCAUGCAAAAUUGCUAUAUUCCCAUCAGUACAUUGAAAUAUAUUUUUUUAAGCCAGUAAGUAUGAGUAUGGCCCAAAUUGGGGUAUUAUUUUUGACACUGACCUCUUCUUACAGACCUAAAAAAAUAUUUUUCCUAUCAGACAAACUGAAUAAAGAAAGACGUGUAAGAAAUUGGAAAGGUAUUGUUCUUGAGUAUAUGUUCUUAUUUCUGAAGGGAAAAGCAAUCAUGGUGCAAUAGCUAUGGGUAUCCAUCCCUGCCAAAAUUCAAACUUGUCGUUCAAACAUUUAGUUGUUCAAUUCAAACGUUCAAUUCAUCACUUCAAACAUCCAAUUCGUCGAUCAAACAUUCAAUUUUUCAAGUCAAACAUUCAAUUCGUCACUUGAAACAUUCAACUCGGCCAUUCAAACGUCCAGUUCGUCAAUCAAACAUUCAAUUCUUCACUUGAAACACUCAAUUCGGCAAUUCAAACGUGCCAUUCGGCAAUUCAAAGAUUCAAACGUCCCAUUCGGCGAUUCAAAGAUACAAUAUGUCAAUCGAACGUUCACUUCGUCAUUUCAGACAUUCGAUCGGCGUCUCGACGAUCCAAUUCCUACAUUCGGUAAUAUUGACAUUCAAUCAGUACUUUGAACAUUCACUCUCGACGUUCAAAGUUUCCACGUGCGAACUUUGAACAUCCAAACUCAGCGUCCGUUUGGUCUGGGUACGAGAAUGUGUCUCAGACCUCUCUCCGUCUUUUUCGUGAAAAGGGCGUGAAAUUUCUUGCUCUCCGGGCAAUUGCACUUUUCAGGCACUCAUUAUGGCUGGCCGAGAAAGUACGAUUUUGACCGUUUUACAGGAUACCCUACAAAGGCUAGAUAAUUUACAAGGUUCUGACGAUUGCAAUAGUCUGGUUGUCCGUUUAGAGUACUUGAACAGGUCAAUCGCAAACAACGCAGAACUCCCUGACUCGUUUGCAAGUGGCCUUGGAUCGGCCGUAGACUGUUUAAAGGAUGUUGAGCGCGAAAUGGAUGUUCGAUCAAAUGAUUGCAAUGGAACCAAAAUUUACAGCGGUCGUCCGGGACGACCUUCCUUCGACAUAAAGGAAGGACAACUGUCCUAUCUCGUUGAUAGUGGCUUCACCGUUCCCCAAAUAAGCGAGUUGUUAGGAGUAUCAUGAUCAAGAAGGACAAUAGAGAGAAGGAUGUCCCUCUUUGAUAUUACCAUUUCAGGUGAGGACAAAGCUGAAUUUUGAGUAUCAUUUUGAAUAUAAAGCUAAUGCAGUGGUUCAUAAUUUUAUCUCUAGUUAGAAUUAGAUUUACCAAAUCCAUACGUACCACUCCCCGAGAAAAACGCGAGGGUAAGUAGCCAGAAGUCAAUGCAUUAUUAAAAUGCAGUCGGAGACCAGACUUCACCUCGAGGCUCUGGGGAAUAAACCUACAGAAAUGCUUGUUUUAUUCAAUACAUCGAAUUUGGUCUAAUCCUUUAAUCAAUGGUAUACAACUCUUUAAUACGAUUCCAUUUUUUUUUCUGCUCACAGGGACAUACUGUGUAAUUGGCGAACAUGAACUUGAUGUCCUGGUGAAAAGUAUACA